CAAUUCUAGAAAAAAUGCGCUCUGAAAUAGACUACAAAAACAAAGUCAUUCUCGCGCCGAUGGUUCGAGUUGGAACUCUCGCCUUCAGACUGUUGGCGCUCAAGUACGGAGCGGAUAUCGUGUACAGCGAAGAACUCAUAGAUAAGAAAUUGAUUCAGUGCCAACGAACCGUGAAUAGCGAGCUGGGGACGAUUGAUUAUGUCUGCAAGCGUGAAAAUAAAUGCAUAUGGAGGACCUGCAAGGAUGACCAUCCCACGGUCAUUCAGCUUGGUACCGCUAGCGAUAGAUAUGCCGUUGAGGCCGCAUUGAAUAUGUAUCCUGACUACGAUGCGAUCGACGUCAAUAUGGGUUGUCCGGAACGUUUCUCUUUACAAGGAGGAAUGGGGGCGGCGCUUUUGAAAGACCGAGAGCGCGUUAAGCUGAUUCUCGGAGGUCUCUUACGUCAUAUUGACAAACCCGUUACGUGCAAAAUUCGCCUGUUGAACAAAAUAGAAGACACAGUUGAUUUGGUCAAAACCAUAGAAGCAACAGGUGCCGCAGCCAUAGCAGUUCAUGCAAGAUACGUUGAGCAGAGGCCUCGAGAACCGGCUUUUCCCUCGCUCGUGAAAAUUUUGUCAGAGUCUGUUCACAUUCCUCUGAUUUUCAACGGAGAUAUUCGCAAAUUUGAAGACAUUAACAAAGCGAAGGAAACGGCCGGAUGCUCUUCAGUUAUGAUCGGAAGGGGCGCCUUGAUCAAUUGCAGCAUCUUUAGUGAACAGAGUCCCAGACCUCAAAAAGAAGUGUGCAUGGAUUAUAUCAGGAAUUGCAUUCAAUACGAGAAUGGGUACCCACUCAGUAAAUAUACAGUAUUAAAGAUGUUUGGAGAAAACAAAACAUUGACCAAAGAGCCGUUUUACAAGCAUCUUCAUGCCUCCAAAAGUCACGAGCAAAUGCUCUACACUUUAGAGGAGGAAGUUCGAAUCAACGGACCUGGGCAUUUUGAAUGGGGCAAUUUUUCUUCGGCCUUCCAUUAA